ACACACGUUAACAUAGCAGAGCAUACACAUACAUGUAUACCUGCCGUUUUCAGUCUAAGGCGUCCAAAACUGAACCUACAUGAGCUGAGUUUCUGAUAUCUUCAUGUAAAUUUCUGGUACCUCCAAGUUCACAGAUAGACCAACAACGACGACAGCCAUGUGGUUAACCUUUAGCAUACUGAGGUGUAUACAUGUAGUAGCCUUUUCCUUUUGACGACCGGUUUUCUGUAGCUUACGGCGUUCGGCGGCAGGGAAAAGGUUAAAGUCGUGUCACUGCAGCUAAAUCGUGGCACACCCCACAGACCAGGUGUUACACGCGUGGCCAUGGCGGAAACGGAAGUGACGAGCCGUCUCCAUGACGACCAUGACGCCGUUUCCCGCCAAGCUGUGACGAGCAGAGGACUGACCAUCUUCAUAAUUUCUACAGUGAUAUUUAUGGCGACGUACUUUCUACUCGCGGAGCUCUGGAGGGGCUCGUUAUACGGAAUGCCGCAAUUCCCGACGUUGUGGAAAGGCAACGGAACAGAAAUCCGGAACUGGACGGACGGCGAGACGGGAUUCCGGAUGAGCAACAGACCCGCAUUCCGGAUCCGGAACUGGGAGGGCAACAACACCGAAAUCCGGAUCCCGCGGCCCAUCCUGGAUUUCGGGUCCCUGGCGCCGGAUCCGGACUGGCAGUUUAAUCCUGAGGCCAAUGCGAACAUCAGUAAAUCCUGCGCUAAGCUGCACCCGUCCGUCCAUCUGAUGAAGAUCAAGAUGCCGAGACUUGCUCAGUACGAAACGGCGCUGUGUGACCGAGCAGGAGAGACGCCUGGCGAGUCUGACGCGCACUGCAGGACGGACCACAGCGCCACCAUCGGACACUACAGCACAUGCGCAGUGGUCGGCAACAGCGGCGUGCUGCUGGGCAGCCACUGUGGGAACGAGAUCGACUCACGGGAUUACGUCAUCAGGAUGGACAUCCCGGUUGUCAAGGGUUACGAGAGUGACGUCGGCAGACGGACCAGCAUGACGAUAUUUAACCUCAGCACGCCCAAGCGGUUACAGAGCUCGGCUCGGCUGAAAAACAGAACCCAGGACGUGUAUGAGAGUAGACUGAGGAACCUCAGAGGCACCGCGCUGGUCACGGACAAAAAGUCAAGGCGGAAAAUCAUCAGCGUGGCGAGAAAAUACCGCGUCACUUUCUCCUUAUACACCAUCAAGGGCAGCUUAAGGCGGGGGAUCAACCCCCUCGCGACCAGGCUAGCGCACAAGCAGAUGGGCGGGAGCGCGACGACCGGCAUAGUCACUGUCCUGAUGGCGACGACGUUCUGUGACGUUCCUCACCUGUACGGCUUCUUCCCUUUCCAACGUGACGCCCGGAACACGCCCAUCCCCUAUCACUACUACCCGGGAGACUACAUAAAACCUAUAAAUCAGAAUGAGGGCGGGCACCAUCACAUGAGGAGGGAGUAUGACUUUUUAAGAGAUUUACAUAAACAGGGCGUGCUGAAGAUGCAAGUCGGACCUUGUGGGCAGAGUUAA